ACAGGUGCUGCUCUCUGAGUUCCGCUCCAGCGGGGAGCUGUUUGCCAUCAAGGCGUUGAAGAAAGGUGACAUUAUAGCCCGAGACGAGGUGGAGAGCCUGAUGUGUGAGAAGCGGAUCUUGGCGGCGGUGACGAGCGCGGGCCACCCGUUCCUGGUGAACCUCUUCGGCUGUUUCCAGACUCCGGAGCACGUGUGCUUUGUGAUGGAGUACUCGGCGGGCGGGGACCUGAUGCUGCACAUCCACAGCGACGUGUUCUCCGAGCCGCGGGCCGUCUUCUACUCGGCCUGCGUGGUGCUGGGGCUGCAGUUCCUGCACGACCACAAGAUUGUCUACAGGGAUCUGAAGUUGGACAAUUUACUCCUGGACACCGAGGGCUACGUCAAGAUCGCAGACUUUGGCCUCUGCAAAGAGGGGAUGGGCUAUGGGGAUCGGACCAGCACAUUCUGCGGGACCCCCGAGUUCUUGGCACCUGAAGUGCUGACAGACACCUCGUACACCCGUGCCGUGGACUGGUGGGGCCUCGGGGUUCUUCUCUACGAAAUGCUGGUUGGCGAGUCUCCAUUCCCCGGCGAUGACGAGGAAGAGGUAUUUGACAGCAUCGUCAACGACGAGGUUCGCUACCCCCGUUUCCUGUCCGCGGAAGCCAUUGGCAUCAUGAGGAGGCUGCUGCGGAGGAACCCCGAGAGGAGGUUGGGGUCCAGCGAGCGGGAUGCAGAAGACAUAAAGAAACAGCCCUUCUUCAGGACCCUGGGCUGGGAUGCCCUGCUGGCCCGGCGCCUGCCCCCACCCUUUGUGCCCACGCUCUCGGGGCGCACCGACGUCAGCAACUUCGACGAGGAGUUCACGGGAGAGGCCCCUACCCUGAGCCCACCCCGAGAUGCUCGGGCCCUUACAGCCGCGGAGCAGGCGGCUUUCCGGGACUUCGACUUCGUGGCGGGAGGCUGCUAGCCCCGGCCCCCGGCCCCGCCACCAGAGAGCUCUUAGUUUUUAAAAAGGAAUUUGGCGUGUGCUCCGUCCAUGCCACCUUUCAA